UACACCAUUCUCCGCAUCAAAGGUUGACAUCAUGAUGUUCUCGGAAAGUCAGUUCGACGGUGGAUUCGCGUCUACUCAGAUCACCAAUUCUCCGGCCGCCGCCAAUCGAGACACUUUUGGAGUGGUGCCGCUCACUAUAAAGCAGAUCAGUGAAGCUUCUCACUCUGGUGAUGAUAAGUCCAAUUUCGUUGUUGCCGGUGCAGAUGUUGUUAAUGUUACGGUGGUGGGAAUGGUGUUCAACAUAGUGGAAAGGAACACUGAUGUUACCUUUACAUUAGAUGAUGGAACUGGAAAAUUGGAAUGCAAGAUAUGGCUGAAUGAACCAUUUGAUAAAUUGCAAAUAGAGGAAGUUAGAGAAGGGAUUUAUGUCCACGUUGAUGGACACUUGAAAAGUUUUAAAGGUGAAAGGCAUGUUGCUAUCUUUUCGGUCAGGCCUGUGACAAAUUUUGAUGAGAUCACCUUUCACUUCAUUGCAUGCAUACACAACCAUUUGCGCACUUCAAAAGUUCAGAAGAUACAAGGGGAUGGUACAGCUCUUUCCCAGAACACAAAUUCAAAUCCAAACACACCUAUCCAGAAUGGGACAAAUGGUUUUAAGACCACCCUUCCGAGUCAGCUCUCUAUACCUUUUAAUGUUGAUGGACUGAAAGGGUUUGAUCAAAUGGUUCUUGCUUAUCUCCAGCUUCCUGCAAACUAUGGUAAUGAAAAGGGCAUCCAUACAGAUGAAUUGGUACAGAAGCUGAAACUUUCUCAUGACAAGAUCAUGGAAUCCAUAAGAACACUUGAAGACGAAGGCAUGAUAUACUCAACAAUCGACGAAUUCCACUACAAAGCAACAAGUAGCAGUUGACGGUCUAAAGCUCUAUAUGUCAAAGUUGUUUAACCAUUUCUUUUGGCUGGUAAGUUUGUGGUGUUCUUAUAGUAUGAUAUAUAUAGUAUCUGAAACCAUCAAAGCUGCAUUUUCUCUUGUACCAUUAUAUGUUAACAUCAACAGUAACGCAUUUAGACAAAAUUUUGGCUUUUUAUC